AUGGCGACAGCAAGAGGCAACGUCGCUCCCCCUCCCCCGCCCCUCACUUGCCCCGCCUCACUUGCUAGCCUAGGCGAAACGAAAACCAGCAAGUCCAGGAACAGGCCGGGGAGUUUCCAGCCUCAAAUCUCGCGGUGUUACAUUGCUGCGUGCGUCGCGCGCGGGGGCAGGCGGGCGGAGCUGCGCUCGACUCUCUGUCAGAGGCUCCGGCGGCCUCUUCGAUGGUGGGCGGUGGGCGAGCGGAGUGAGCUGGGGCGCGGCGCUAGGGUGAGCACGGGCUCGGGUGGGGAGGUCGGCGGUGGGGAGGACGCUUCAGCAGUCGGUGGUCUUCCCCUUCCUCAGCUUGGCACUUUUUGCAACGGCGCCUGA